UUUCUCCUCCCUCCGGCGCCUCUUUCCGCUCUCCCUUAUAGAUAGAUGGAUAGAUCUCCUGCUUUGCUCGUCCCAAGAAAUCGAACACGCGUCCUUGGACGAGAAGGGAAGAAAUCGAAGAGCAAUGGCGGAUCGAGUCUACCCUUCCUCCAAGCCCAAUCCUCACCCUCCACAGCCACUCAAUGGCGGCGGCCCUGCAUUCCCGCCCACCAAGUCCCAGGUCAACAGCGCCACCCGCCUCCCUUACCGUCCCCAGCCCAAGCCCCGCCGCAGCCGCCGCGGCCUCUGCUGCUCCUGCUGCCUCUGGUUCAUCAUGCUGCUGGUCGUCCUCGUCAUCCUUGCCGCCAUCGCCGGUGGCGUUUUCUAUGCCAUCUACCGCCCCCACCGCCCGGCAUUCUCCGUCUCCGUACUUCGCAUCGCCGCUCUCAACGUCUCCGCCGCCGGGCAUCUCAGCUCCCGCGUCGACCUCAAUGUCACCGCCCGCAACCCCAACAAGAAGCUGAUCUACUUCUACGACCCUAUCUCCGUCUCCGUCCUCUCCGGCGGCGUCGACAUCGGGGACGGCUCAAUCCCGGCGUUCGUCCUGGACGCCGGGAGCGCCACCGUGCUAUCCGCCACCACUUCGAGCUCCGGCCAGACGCUGGACUCCGCGGCGGGAAACGAUCUGCGGAAAAGCAGCAGCCUGCCGCUGGAGGUCGACAUGGACACGAAGGCCGGGGUGAAGAUCGGGGGACUAAAGACGAAGAAGAUAGGGAUCAAGGUACGGUGCGCCGGUAUCCGAGCGCCCGUGCCCAAGGCGAAGGCAUCGGCGGCAGUCUCGCCGGGCGACGGCUGCAAGGUCAAACUCCGGAUCAAGAUCUGGAAGUGGACUCUCUAGAGGAGAAAAAAAUCAAUUAAUACCACAAAAAGUGGCGGAAAAAGAAAAAGUUAAUGGAGGAGAAUGAGAACAGUCUGUAGAUUUUUCAUAAAUUACAGGGGUGUUUAUAGUUGCUAUGCUUAUGAUUGUUGUGUUGAUGUUUGCUUGUAUUUUCACUGAAAUAUUUUUUUUCUUUGCAUAAUUUUUUUGGAUUGUGAAUUUUGUUAUGGAAAUUGUUGUAAUUUUUAUAUAAUAAUGAAGAGCGUAAAAGUGUUUUUUUUUUU